GCAUCUUUUGAGCGACUUUCUUUUGCAAAUGAUAAGCCGAUAAGGAACAUUUCAGCCUUAACAUUAUACAGGAAGCCGACAACGACGGCAACAUAAACAACAGCGGUGCGUGGAUUUUAUGGAAUGCAAAUCAUGAGUCGGGGCUCAUCUGUAACCGGUGCAUGUAGGGUUUAAUUUGUGCUAACAUAAAUUAGCUUUUCGGUGCACCGUCGGAGAUAUAAAGGGCGGGUGGUAAUAUACAUUUCUCAAACAACCUGUCGCCAAGUGUCCUCCCUCUUGAGUUAUUUCGAUCUCACAAAUAUCUGUUUGAGACGAGGUGAGGCAACAACACAUGUCUAGUUUUUCUAACAGUAGAGCUGGUUUUCUGCUGUUGUCGAAGCAUAAGAGGAGCCACUCACAUUUUCUACUGUGCAGCUACUGACUGCCAUUCCUCUAAAAUUAGAACAUUUUUUUUUUCUUUCGAGAGCACAGUGUUUACAUUUUAAGGAGAAACCCAGAAACACAUGCCGCACUGGAGACAAACCAGUCGUUUGGACAUAUUUCCUUCAGGAGGACCAGGGAAGUCUCCGGAGACUUGUAGGAUUUGACAGCUGUCUUCAGAUCCAGCAUCUGGUGCAUCUACCUAUCUGUGUUGGCUAUAUCACAUCUCCAUAAAGCGAGGAAGUGCUGCUUUCACAAGAUCUCAUCUGUCUGCUUGCAUUGUUUCCCUUACAAUUCGCCUUCAAGAAACCUGAAAUUUUUGCAUUAAAUGGGAUUACAAGGACGGUGAUCUAGAACCUCUGCUGAAUAUAUAUUUCUCCUGCAACCUGUCACCCAAUGUCUUCCUCCCAAAUUUCCUUUUUUUCCAUCAUAAUGAUGGCACUUUGAGGCGAAGUGAACAGACUACAGCCUGUGACAACGACACCAUUCCAGUCGAUGGUCAGCCCCACCGUCCGCUCUGCUGGCCCUGUCACGCACCUCGGCCAUUGAUGUUGGUCAUAUCUGGUGGACUUUGUUUUGUAAACCCCUAAAAACAACCAUCCCCAACCCGGUAUUUUAUUGAUUUGGUCGUCCCAGGGUCGAAAGAUGGCGGACCUCGAAGCAGUGCUCGCUGAUGUCAGUUAUUUGAUGGCGAUGGAGAAGAGCAAAUCUACUCCAGCGGCCCGGGCCAGUAAGAAAAUCAUCCUGCCUGAGCCCAGUAUUCGCAGUGUGAUGCAGAAGUACCUCGAGGAAAGAGAUGAACUGACAUUUGAUAAAAUUUUCAACCAGAAGAUUGGGUUCCUGUUGUUCAAAGACUUCUGUUUGAAUGAGAUUGACGAGGCCGUGCCACAGCUCAAGUUCUACGAAGAAAUUAAGGACUACGAGAAACUAGACUCGGAGGACGAGAGGCUGAGUCGCAGCCGGCAGAUUUACGAUGGCUACAUCAUGAAGGAGCUCCUGUCCUGUUCACAUCCAUUUUCUAAGAAAGCAGUGGACCAUGUGCAGAGUCACUUGGCAAAGAAGCAAGUUCCUCCAACUCUCUUUCAGCCAUACAUAGUGGAGAUCUGUGACAGCUUGAGAGGGAAGAUCUUCCAGAAGUUCAUUGAAAGUGACAAAUUUACUCGUUUCUGCCAGUGGAAGAACGUGGAGCUCAACAUUCAUCUGACCAUGAACGACUUCAGCGUGCAUCGGAUCAUUGGCAGGGGUGGCUUUGGAGAAGUGUACGGCUGCAGGAAGGCCGACACGGGGAAAAUGUAUGCCAUGAAGUGUCUGGACAAGAAGAGGAUAAAGAUGAAGCAGGGGGAGACUCUAGCACUUAAUGAGAGAAUCAUGCUGUCAUUAGUCAGCACAGGGGAUUGCCCGUUCAUCGUGUGUAUGACCUACGCCUUCCACACCCCUGACAAGCUAUGUUUCAUCCUGGACCUUAUGAAUGGAGGUGACCUGCACUACCACCUGUCUCAGCAUGGAGUGUUCAGUGAGAAAGAGAUGCGCUUUUAUGCUGCUGAAAUCAUCCUGGGCCUGGAACAUAUGCACAACCGCUUUGUUGUCUACAGAGACCUCAAGCCAGCUAAUAUCCUGUUGGAUGAACAUGGACACGUUCGUAUCUCCGACCUCGGCCUGGCCUGUGAUUUUUCCAAGAAGAAACCCCAUGCCAGUGUCGGCACUCAUGGCUACAUGGCUCCCGAAGUUCUCCAGAAGGGGACGGCGUACGACAGCAGUGCUGACUGGUUCUCCUUAGGCUGCAUGCUCUUCAAACUCCUCCGAGGGCACAGUCCCUUCAGACAGCACAAGACCAAAGACAAACAUGAGAUUGACCGCAUGACGCUCACCAUGAAUGUGGAGCUGCCAGACUCUUUCACUGCAGAGCUCAAAGAUCUGCUGGAGGGGCUGCUGCAGAGAGACGUAUCCAAGAGGCUGGGCUGCCAGGGCCAGGGAGCCCCAGAGGUGAAGGAACAUCAGUUUUUCAAAGGCAUCGACUGGCAGCAAGUGUACCUGCAGAAGUACUCCCCUCCUUUAAUCCCUCCCAGGGGAGAGGUGAACGCUGCAGAUGCUUUUGACAUAGGUUCUUUUGAUGAAGAGGACACCAAGGGCAUCAAGCUGCUGGACAGUGAUCAAGAGCUGUACAAGAACUUUCCUCUGGUCAUAUCGGAGCGCUGGCAGCAGGAGGUAGCAGAGACGGUGUACGAGGCCGUCAACUCGGACACAGACAAGAACGAGGCUCGCAAAAGGGCAAAGAACAAGCAGCUCGGCCACGAGGAGGACUACGCCCUGGGAAAGGACUGCAUAAUGCACGGCUACAUGCUGAAGCUGGGGAACCCCUUCCUGACCCAGUGGCAGCGCCGGUACUUCUACCUGUUCCCCAACCGUGUGGAGUGGAGGGGAGAGGGCGAGUCACGGGACAAGUGGCUAAAACAUUUAAAAAAGCAUAAAGAAGGGCAAAACCUGCUGACGAUGGAGCAGAUCGUGACGGUAGAAGAGACGCAGAUUAAAGAUAAGAAAUGUAUCCUGCUGCGCAUCAAAGGAGGGAAGCAAUUUGUGCUGCAGUGUGAGAGCGAUCCAGAGUUUGUGCAGUGGAAGAAAGAGCUGACCGAAGCGUUCACAGAAGCCCAGAAGUUGCUGCGCCGUGCCCCCAAAGUCAUCGGCAAAGGCAGGGCCGGAGUGGUGGAGCUGUCCAAACCUCCCCUCACACACCGCAACAGCAACGGCUUGUGAACACAUAUACCUAUACACACACGUGCGCACACACACUGCAACACACGACACACCUUGACACACACACACUGCAUCCCCUUCUUCCCUGGAUCCUCAUUAGCCUCAGGACAUCUGCCCUGAAACCUGCCCAUCCCUCACAGCCUUGCUCCUUGCAGUGCGUGUACGGACCACUCCCACCAGCCUCCUCACUAUAUUACAUACACACACACACACACACAUACACACACACACACACAUGUUCAGCAUCACGACCUAUAAAACGUUUUUUGCGCCACCAUGGGACCUUGCCAGUUACCGGGAAGAAGAACGGACAUCGAGGAGACAAAAGAGAGACAUUCAGGAGGUCUCAGCAUGUGAAGGACCUCUGCAUGAAUGUGACAAGGACCGGUCCUCUCUGUCCCCGUCUUUUGCUUUUUCAGCCCCGCCCCCCUUCUCGACCGACCUCCACCUCGCUCCGUAAGCUCUGAAUCAGGUGAAUGUGGAGAGCCAGAUCCUGUCAGCUUUACCGCCGACCAGCCGAGAGAGGCAUUCCUUUCUUGUCAUUGCAACUCUCUCCCUCUCCCAGAGGCAAUGCAGAUGAGAUUAGGAAUGUAUCGCUUUGAGACGGAAAACAAGAAAAUGGGAGGGGGAAAAAAGGCUGCUCGACUGGUUCUUUUCAUCAGCCCUCUAACCAUUCCUCCCUCCACUACUGACAUGCGUAAAGUGCCAACAUCAAUAUUUACUUGAGUCACCUGAGCACCCAGGGGGAGCUGCUCGGUGGCAGAUAUAUCGCCCGCAGAAUCACACAGAGAUGGUGGGAGGGGGCGGGGGGAGCGUCAGGGGUGGUGGGGUGGGCGGCCUGAUCAUUCCAAUGCAGAAAACAGGAAGUACAAGGACCACAGACUCUUUUCAGAUUGGCUCUUGUACAGCCAGUUACCAUAGAGACUAAGAUUUCAUUGGCUGACAAGCAGCAGCCGGUUGCUAUGGGAACCAUGAAGACUGGUAUACCUGGGGAUUGGUAACCAGGGACAACGGUGUAACUAUUGUGUGUGAAGGCUACACUUUGAGGAAAAAAAAAGAGACGGCAGGAGAACGGGGAGUGACUCCAGAGUGUAUAUAAGCAACCCUUUCUCUGUGCAUCUCCAGUGUUUUAGUCUACGCUACAAUGUGUUUGCAUUAUCGGGGACUUCUCUGUCUGCCUGUUCGUGAAUCUGUCCGUCUGUCAGGGCUUUUCGGGGGGUGGGAGGGGAGAGGACGCUCAGUUCCUGUGGGCGGGAGUGACAAGAGGAGUCCGACAGCUUUCAAUCAGUCGCGGCGCGCAUACUUUCAUUGGACAGUGUCAGUUUUAACACAAUGAGGGGACGGAACCUCUUUAAGGGCCAAAAUGUCGUGCUGUGUGUAUGCGUGUGUGUGAUGUAUGAGUGUAUAUGUAAACGAGACGUAGAGAAAGACUGUGUCAUCGUGUCGCGGACUUUGGAAACAACAAUUCACUGUCCUGGUCGCACACAAUCAUCCUCAUGGGUUUGCAGUUUGAGUUAGGCGGCUGUUGUGGUAAGUGUGAGUGAAGCAGGGAGUAUGAAGAAGUCCGCCUGAAGCUAAUUAAAGGAAAAAUCCACCCUUAAAUACACAGAACUGCAUUUUCGUACAUAAUAUCUCUGAUUUUAGGGGCAUUUGUGGUUAUUUUGAUAUGAAGGGUUGAAAUUUUGUCAUGUUUUUGCACUCAUCUCUGUCAGCAUGCCGCGUUCUCUUGUGCUUCUCUACUGGUCGAGAUAUCCUGCAUUUGCGAGAAUUCCUGUAAAGAGAGAAGGACACGGCAGUAUUUCCAGGAAAAAUGUAAACAUUUGAUAGAAAUGUAAUGUUGUGAGCAUAAUGCAUUCCAGGCUACAUUACUUCACCUACAGCACAUAUUAAAAAGUUAAGUGUUACACAUGAAAAACACCCACAGUCACAUUGAAUAUCAUCUCUUUGUCAGACAUAAAAUGUCCAAGGCCACUGUAAACACAUGUUACAGGCCCCGGUACUGACAUAUGAAAUUAUGUCUGACCUGGGAAUAGGCUCAGCUUCAACAUCUUGAGCUGUACCUACAGCUGGAAGUAUUGCAUUGUAAUAAAUGGUCCUAUAUGUCCAACUUGCCCCUUGAUUAUAGUAGUCACAGCAGACAGCCUUUCCAGUUGUAGGAAUCAGUGCUCUCUUUAGUCAUUUAAACCUGCAUGUGAUUGACUGUAUGAUGUAACACCACAUCGCACCAGAUUCAACUUUUUUUUUUUUUUAUCUGAAUGAGAGCGCAGUGUGUUUUCAGUCUGAAGACGGCCCACGGCAAUCAAAGCUAAUCUGGAAGCACUCUAUGAACUGAAAUGUUCUGUAAUGUCACUGAACUAUAUUUUUAAUCAGUGAGCAAUCAACUCUGCAAUCAUACAAAUCUGCCGAGUUUUGUUGUGACAUAAAUAUUUGCAGGCUGCAAAUGCCGGUAUCCAUCAGUACUAACUGUUCCUUAUGAUGCAGAACAACGAUGCGUUCAGGUUUACAUUGUCUCUCCAGGCCGGACUACAGAAGACCUCAACGAUUCAGGUGCAAAUUAGCAAUGAAGCUUCUCUUUAAUUCUGAAGAUGAAGCUUGCCGCGUUGACCACACUUGCACAUUAUCCGCAGGAAUAAGGAAAAUACUUAAGUCAUUAUGAAAAUCUCUUCCUUGAAUCCAAGAUGCAGCAUCAGUAUGUUUAUCACUUGUUGAAGUGUUUUUGGGUGGAGUUUUCCUCAAAGUGUCGUUAUGAUUUUAUGUUCUUUUUUUAAAUUCUUGAAUGUGACACAGUUCAGAUGAGGUGCAACUUUUAAUUGGGGCUUAGGAUUUCGUGGACGUCGUCAUGAACGAAGUUUGUAUUUGCUGAAGCGCAGCGGACUCGCACAAACGUAGUGUUAAAGAAUAAAACCGAGAACAGAGGACGCGGUUAUCGAUAUAGAUGAAUUUCAGGGUUUUGUUUUCAUGCAGUACAGUGUCCUUGUCUGAUGUCCAUGCAUUUCCAGAGCUGUGAUGUGUGACCUACAGUAGGAAGGGUUGAUAAGGGGUGCAUUUUUUUUUAACCAGUCAGGGGGAGAUAUUAUCGUCUUAUAGAGAAAUUUGUCACCUUUCAAGGUGUCUUUUAUUUUUGUAAACCAAAAUGGUUUUUAUUGUUUUCUUUAAAAUUUAUGUUGUUGCACCUUUUUUUUUUUUUUUUUUUUUUUUUUUUUAGCCCAAUGUGUUACUUAAUAGUUGUUAAAUGUGCCAAAUAACUGUUGCUGAUUGAGUGGAACCAGUGGGGAAGCCUCCUUUUGGAACUUCGGACCCUUCUCACUGCGGACUUGGCUGCAGCCACAAAAAAAAAAAAAAAAAAAAAAAAAAAAAAAAAAAGAGACCAACAAGAUCCACGGACAUUCACAGGCGAACCAGUACACUCAGACUUUGCCAUGGUUUGGUGUACCAAGUGUUGGAGCAGCGGCGUGGGUGUUGUUGAAGGGUACAAAACUGUGACCAAACUCUCUUUUUUAAAUCUUUUUUUUUUGGUUUUGUUUUUUUUGCCUGGAGCUUGAGAGGAGAGGAGCCCUGGCUUCUCACCCUGUUGCCAUUGAACUCUCAACACCAUCCAGCUCUCUCUGCUCAUAUUCCUGAACGUUUCCUUUCACACUGUGUGUAUGUCACGUGAGUGUGUGAGCGUACGUGUGCUUCAUUAUCGUCGUAUGUUUGUUCAGUGGACUUCUUUUUAUUUCUUUUGUUCAUACACAGAUUCUCUGCUCAAACACACGCUCAACACAAGACAAUUUAAAAGGAUGGCAUAUAGGAAAAAAAUUAAAAGUAUAUAUAAAUAUAUGUGUAUAUGAAAUGACAAAAUUCUCUAGGUUUAUUUAAAAAGAUUUAAUGUAGAAAACAAAAGAAAUUGUUCAGGGGAGGUCAGGGGUUUGAUGUGAGUAUAAUUGUUUGUGGUGAAGACUUCAGCUCGAAUCUUGCACAUAAAGACUUUAGAUAUUGUACCUGCGAGUUACAGAUGAUUAUUUUUGUUUGAAUACCGGACUCUUGCUCUUUCAUAUUUAUUGCGUGUCUGGGGAGCUCGUGUCUCUGGACUCUCCUCCACGUCUCUGAGCUCUCAGCUGGGAGUUCACUGUAGAAAGUCCUCCGGUUUACACCCAUCAGAAAGUUGUUUUUUUUUUUUUCAUUGUUGCCACAGACAAACACAAAUACUACUGGCUUUGGGUUAUUGUUGCCAUUAAGGUUAUGAUAAUACUGAUAUAUAAUUGAUAAUAUUAUUCAAUGAUUAAAUUUAUUUUAUUUCAAUGAAUUUAUUUUUUUUUUUGUUUAUUUUUUGUUUUAUUUUGUUUUCAUGACAGGUAGGAAGUUGCGUGUUGGACUGCUUGUAAAAACAGUUCAUGAAUAAAAUUCCUUUUUCCGUGUU